GUUGAACUUCAAGUAGAAGUUUUACCCGGAUGUAAUUGUUCAAUGUUGGAGAAAUGAAUGACAACAAUAUACUGUUGAUAAAGAACAAUUCCUAAAUAGAUAAGAAACGAGGUCGGAGCGUCUUCACUCAUCAUGUAAAGUAAGGGGCUCAGGACAGCAAGAUGGGCAGAAGCAACAGCACUACCUCGCGCGGCGUUCCAGUGGUGCUGGUGUGCCUUGGUGCUCUGCUAUUGGGCAAUGUGGUGAUCUACUUGUACCUGGACUCGCUGCAGCAGAGUGGCGACGGCGACCCCCACCUGACUCCUCAUGGGGCAUGUCCACCCCGUCACUUUAGGAUGGCCAACAUGAGGAACUGUUCGCCCUGGCUGGAGUGUCCACAAGUCCGCACAGAGGUGCGCAAGUUGAAGAUGAUCGGCCAGGGAGCUGUUAAGCAGGUUUUCCUGUCCGAGUGGAAGGGUCACAAAGUAGCCCUGUCCAAGCUCUCCUCUCCGGAGUACCAGGAGGACUUCCUCCAUGGGCUCUCCAUGCUCCAGGCCCUCCAAGGGCCCCAUGUGGUGGUGCUGGUAGGCCUGUGCUCAGAGGACCACACCCUGGUCACAGAGUACCAUCCGCUGGGCUCUCUGCUCAACCUGGAUGCCGUGCUGGCCCAGGAGAGGCACCGCGUACGGGACACCUGGCAGACUCGCCUGCGGCUGGCACUGGACUACGUCUCCAUUCUCCAUUACCUCCACACCAGCACCGCCGGGACCAGAGUCAUGUGUGACUCCAAUGACCUGGUGAAAACCCUGUCACAGUUCCUGCUGACCAGCGACUUCCACCUGGUGGUCAAUGACCUGGAUGCCCUGCCAGAGGUCGGGGCCCCUGCAGGCUCGCUAGUGAGAUGCGGCCACCGGGAGCUCACAGGGGAAUUUGUGGCCCCGGAGCAGCUGUGGCCCCACAGUGACGGCCAGCCAUUUGUCGAUGAGCUUAUGCCGGGGUACGACGAAAAAACGGACAUUUGGAAGAUUCCAGAUGUUACACGUUUCCUGAUGGGGAGGGUAGUGGGAGGUGACGUGGCCCACUUCCACCUCUUUCAGAUCAACGGGGAGUGUAAGAGAAGAGACCCUCAUCUUCGCCCCUCUGCAAUGGAUGUCCUGAGCGUGUACAGAUCAGUCUAUGCAACCAUGAUGAGAGACAGUCCCGGUCCUGGUGGCUCCAGAGACAUGCUUUAAUCUCACUUUGUCUUUGUACUGAUAAGAAACUGGACCGUGUAAUUAAAAAUAAAAUAAAAAUUUUGUCACCGUUUUAUAAUUUA